UUUAACUCAUCACCUUCAAACAAACACUUCCGCUAUAACAAAGUUAGAUAUCUUGAGCUUUUAAUUUCUUAGAAAUUAAAAAAAAAAAAAAAAUGGCUGACAAAGAAGCCGGUACAUUCAUGAAUGAGAAAGAGCUCAAACGCAAGAAGAGAAUCAAACUAGCAAUAUAUAUAGCUAUCUUUGUUGUAUUUCAGGUCAUUGUUAUCACAGCUUUCAGUCUCACCGUGUUGAAAGCUAAGACUCCCAAGUUCAGGCUGAGCGACGUCGAAAUCAAGACGCUAACCCGGAACGCCAGUUCAUCACCUUCCUUUGAAGUGGAUAUCACGACCAAAGUGAAGGUGAAGAACACGAAUUUCGGUGCUUAUAAAUAUGACAACUCCACGGUUGCCUUCAGUUACCAAGGUUCCUCCGUGGGUCAAGUCGCAAUUCAGAAAGGUAAGGCCGGUUGGUUGACCACAAAAAACAUUGAUGGCGUGGCAGUGAAAUUGAAUUAUCAGGCAUUAACGAACAUGACCGCAGCCAGUCAUCUCGACAGCGAGUUCAGCACCGGGGUUUUAACACUCAACGGCAAUGGGAAGAUGACUGGAAAAGUGGAGUUGAUAUGGAUAAUGAAGAAGAAAAAGUCGGCUGAGAUGAGUUGCACAAUCGCCAUUAAUGUGCAAUCCCAGACGAUCAAGUCUUUGGAAUGCAAAUAAAAGACUUAUAGUGUGGUUUUUGUUUUAGCUAAUUAUUUUUAUUGGUUUCUACGCUUUUGCUUAUUAGCUUGUGAAUUUUAAAUUUGUGUGGACUUUUUGUAUACAUAGAAGAAGCCGUCUCUUCAAUUCUGCUUAAUUUCUUUAUUCAUUUUAUCUUUAAUUAUAUUUUUUUCUGAUUAUAAA